AUGUCUAUGGCUAUGGGUGUGAGUCUUACAACAUUGUUUAGACGCAAGAAAGAAAGGCUUAUUCGACGUCAUACGAAAAGCAUCAAUCCUUAUUUGAAGGAAGCCAAUCUAACAAGCAGGUUACAAUUUUGCAUCUCUAUGUUGGAUAAAAAUAGUCUACCUCAUGAACCCAAGUUUGUUGAUAUGUACAACAUGGUCCAUAUUGAUGAGAAAUGGUUUCAUAUGACGAAAAAGACCGAGAAAUAUUAUCUACUUCCAAUUGAAGAAGAACCACACCAGACGUGUCAAAGUAAAUAUUACAUUGGCAAGGUGAUGUUUCUAGCGGCAAUGGCUCAUCCGAGAUUUGACGAAGAAGGCAAUGAGUUAUUUGAUGGGAAAAUUGGAAUUUUUCUAUUUGUUACUCUUGAGCCUAAAAGAAAUAGUAAGAACAGAGAUGCUGGGACGUUGGUGUUAAAAGCGUCAACGUUGGUCAAGAGAGAGGAUAUAAAAGCAUUUUUGAUUGAAAAUGUUCUUCCAAAUAUUCAAGAAAAGUGGCCAAAGGAAGAUAGAGGAAAGACUAUCUUCAUUCAACAAGACAACGCAAGGACACAUGUUGAGUGUGGAGAUCAAGAUUUCCAAGAAGCGGCAUCAAAAAAUGAUUUUGACAUUCAUUUGAUGUCUCAACCGGCAAACUCGCCGGAUUUAAAUAUUUUAGAUCUUGGAUUUUUCAGUGCUAUUCAAUCCUUACAACAUAAAGAAUGCCCAAAAACCAUAGAAGAUCUUGUUGGUGCAGUAGAAGAAUCUUUCAAGCAAUACCCGACAGAACAGGUAAACCGUAUAUUUCUGACUCUUCAAACGUGUAUGUGUGAGACCAUGAAAAUUGGAGGACUAAACAAGUACAAAAUUCCGCAUAUGAAGAAAUCUGUGUUGGAAAAAGAUAGUCUUCUUCCUACGAGGAUCAGUUGUGAUGCAAUGUUAGUUCAAAAUGUGAUGAACGCACUUGGAUUGCUGUAA